UUGACCCCACAUAGGAAUUUUGCUUGCCACGUAGUCGCGCUGUUCAAUUCUGCUGGUUGUUUGGGACUUUGCUUAAUUUUUUCAGCCUUGAGUGCUACAGGAAAUAUCGGCUGAACCGAUGUUAUAGGUUGUCAAAAGCUUAUUUUUGUAUUCUAAGAUGAUUCUUGAGUUGUGGACAUGCAUUUUCUCUGCAUUCUUCUUUUAUGUGCAUGGAGCAAAACUUCCGGAGCCAGAGGUGAAAAUAGAAGUUUUAUACAAACCAUUCCUAUGUCAUCGAAAGUCCAAAUACGGGGAUAUUCUUCUGGUUCACUACGACGGGUUUCUGGAGAGUAAUGGCACAAUGUUUCAUUCCAGCCGUCAUCAAGGAGAUAAAAAUCCUGUCUGGUUCACAUUGGGGAUCCGUGAGGUGAUCAAGGGAUGGGACAAGGGUCUUCAAGGCAUGUGUGCAGGGGAGAGGAGGAAACUGACCAUCCCUCCAGCUCUUGCAUAUGGCAAAGAGGGCAAAGGUAAAAUUCCUCCAGAGAGCACUCUGAUCUUUGACAUUGAGAUCAUGGAGAUCCGAAAUGGGCCCAGAUCACAUGAGUCCUUUCAGGAAAUGGACCUGAAUGAUGACUGGAAACUCUCCAAAUCAGAGGUAAAAGAGUAUCUGCGUAAAGAGUUUGAAAGACACGGAUACCCUGCCAAUGAUACUCAUCAUGAAGUGAUGGUUGAGGACAUCUUUCAGAAGGAGGAUGAAGAUAAGGAUGGAUUUAUAUCAGCUCGAGAAUUCACCUAUAAACACGAUGAACUGUAAAUUCUACACACUCCUACAAAAUUAAGCAAUUUUUACCCCUUUAAGAGAUUCUCAUUUACCUUCAGAGGUUUACAGCUUGUCAUUUCACACCAUGCAGUAUGUGAAAAGACUGUUACAGUAAAUGUAAACAGGUCAUGUCUGUAAUUUAUUCUAGUUUUUAAAAAUCUGUACUCAGGAGGUUGUAUGUUUGGAAUUUUUUGUAGUAUUUGAGGAUUGUAAGAAAUGGUUGUCUUUAAAUGCAGUGUGACAUUCUGCAGCUCAAGGAGAAUGUUUUUUUCCCAAAGUGCCUUUUGACUGAAAUAUGUAUCAAUGCUAUAAGAACAUUUCAGUGAAUUGUUUUAGCAUGUCUGUGUUACUUAUUGCAGAGCCAAAUGGUUUAUUUAAUUAUGUUUACAAUAUUUAGAACAUUUUUAGUCAAUUUGCCUGGAGUGGUCUGUAGUAAUGUCAAGUGAAUAAACUAGAAAACUGUUGAAUAAAGUA